AUGGUGAGCGCCAAACGAAAGAGAGACGAGCAAGAUGUCGAGAAUACGAGCCCACGAAAGUUACGAACGCAGACAGUGGAGGACGAUCGCGUGAGCGAGCUUGAGGCGCAAACGCCGUCAAGACGAGGCAGGGGGCUUGUACAAGAAAAUGGAACACCACGGUCCAUCUUGAAGCAGUCCGGACUUAGAACCGAGUUCGGUGCUACACCUAGAUCCAAUCGCCGCCUCCUGUUCGCGACGCCCACGAAAGCAGCAAGCGACGAAACUCCAAGUGGCACGCCGACCAUUGUUCGCAACGCCGACCGCAGCGCCCGUCGCAAGAGUAACCGCAAGCUGAUCGAUCGUACCAUUAAUGGGCCAGAUAGCGAGGAUGAGGCGUUGGACGAGGAGGAUAUGCUGGCACAACAGAUCUUGAGUGAAGAAGAGCAUGGCCAGGAUGAAGAACAAGACACAGAAGCUGGUGCUCAGGAAGCUGUUCCCGUGCCGGAGACACCGUCGAAACGGCCGCGAGGACGACCGAAAGGCACCGGGAAGAAUCAAUUGGCAGCAAAGGCGAGAAAGGAACGUGAGCCCACACCGCCCAAUGAGCUACCAGCCCACGAGGUAUACUUUUGGCAGAACCGUCCUGGAGGCACCAAAACUUCCAACAACACCCUACCUUCGCACACUCUCUUGAAUCAUGAUGAGUACUUCGACACAAUGCAAUCGUAUGCGGAUCGCCACAAACCGGAGAAAGACUUUCUGCUGGAGCUGCACAGUCGAGCGUACGACCAAUGGAUAUUUGAGCUGGAAGAAGGCUUCAACAUCUGCCUCUACGGUUACGGCUCAAAGCGAGCCAUCACUGACGAGUUCACGGCACGAAUUUAUCAACAUCUCCUGGACCAAGCACCCUACAGGGGAACCAAGAAGACACCUAAGAUCGCGGUCAUCAACGGCUACACGCCAGGUGUAAUACUGAAAGACAUCCUCACGACUGUUGCAUCUGCUGCCAUUCCUAAGAGUGGAAAGCUGCCUAACCAGCCUGCUUCACUGUUAAAUUACAUUUUGGAUCAUCUAUCCCGAAACCCACCACCACAUCCUCUUUUGAUCGUGAUCAAUUCGAUUGAUUCGGCAAAUCUACGAAAGCAUCCAACACCGGCGAUGUUAGCCUUGUUAGCGGCACAUCCCUCAAUUAAUCUCGUUUGCACAGCGGACACGCCGAACUUCCCCUUACUAUGGGAUGUGGGUUUAAGGGCGCAGUAUAAAUUUCUCUUCCACGACGCCACAACAUUCGCCACGUACAAUGUCGAGAUAGACACAGUGGAGACUGUGAAUGAACUUCUUGGACGCAGCGGGAGAAGGAUUGGUGGACGCGAUGGCGUUGGUUUCGUUUUGAAAUCUUUGCCCGAGCACGCAAGAGCACUGUUUCGCAUCAUUGUCACUGAGCAGCUCGCCUUGGCGUACAUGGAAGAUGAGGAGCAAGCCGAGGAUGAGGAACUCGCUGCCACGUCGAAAAGCAAGAGGAAUGGGCCGCGUGCCGCGCCCGAAGCUACGCAGGGAGUGGAGUAUCGCACACUAUAUCACAAAGCCAGGGAUGAGUUUGUUUGUACGAGCGAAGUUGCUUUUAGAACCCUCCUGAAGGAGUUCCAUGAUCACCAGAUGAUAGAGAGCAGAAAAGAUUCGAUGGGUACGGAGAGGUUAGUGGUGCCUUUCCGCCAAGAAGAACUGGAGACGUUGGUCGAAGAACUGGCCGGUGGAGACGCGUUCUAA